AUGGAAAGUUUCAUCCCAGCUGAUUUGGCCUCCCCACAUGGACUAAAACCAAAUCAUAUUGAAGGGACUAGGUUUUUAACUGGAGAGUUAGGCACCCUGGAGAGACUGCUUGAAAAUUCUAGAAAGGAAAAUCACAAGAACAAACUUCACAAUUUAUCAGUCAACUUGGAUAUUAGAGGCCAAAAACUUGGGGAAUCACCUUUACCUUCCAGCAUAGCCACCAACAAUUCCACAGGCCAGAUCCAACUUUCCAACCUUGCUCAGGUUCCUUUUUCUUCCAAGCUGAUGGGGCCAUCAGUCAAGUUGGGGGAGGAAUCCACGGUCAAAGCCCUGGAUUUCAAAUUUUUUUGUCCUUGCAAGUCAUGUUUUCAUCCAAUCGGCGACGACCAUCUGCGAUUUCCGAUUGAGAACGAUAGCGGUGGUUCAGCUUUUAUCAUUGUCAGGAUGGAGGCCAUCAAGGCAGUUAGAACAGCCUACUACAGUUUCAAUCGCAAGGUAGUCCAACUCGCGCCUGGGCAACAGUUUUUGCCUUGUCUCCUUUCCAUCGGCGGUUGCCCUGUCCAGCAGAAUACCAGUUACAACCUGGGCAUUAGAUAUGUUGAAUUUAGAGAAGAAACGACCAUUGAGGUAAUUAAAGUAACUUACUAUAGCAUCAAUCAGAAGGAAGAUCAGUUCGCGAUUUUUCAAGGAAGCGAGGUGUUCUCUUCUGAAGCUUUUGAAGUGGGGAACGAUCGCUUCAACGGUAAAUCUACUAUUGGGAUCGAUACCAUGUUUGUUUUAGCCAGCGAUGACAAGAGCGAGGAGGUGACGGCAGCUUGGUUUGUUGGCGAAGUUGGGAAGGAAGGAUUCUUCAAAAAAGUCUGCUAUGAGAAGAAAGAAAAGGCAUAG